AUGAUAAAUCGAUCACCUACGAUGAAAUCGAUUCAUAAAUAGAAUCAGAGCUUAGAUCCCUUACUCAUUUUAACUCCUCCAAGCAGCUUACGUGAGAUCAGUUGUUCGUUUCGGGGUAAUUUGAAUCGAUAUGUUUCAAUACAAAGUCGAAGAAACAAAUAUGAGCAGCAAGAGGAUUUACAUCAAUAAAGAUAAUUUAGAUUGCAUUUGCAAAGAUUGUAUUAAGAAUCAUUCAUCAAACAACUGCUGGAUAAGGCCAUGCCAGCCAGCCGAAUGAACAACUAUUAAAAGUAAGUUCUUGAUGAUUUGUAAUUUGGGUAGGAUACAUAAAUAGAUGAUAUAGACAGUACUUGUUAUAAAUUUAUGUUCAACUAUCUAAACAAUUAUCCUAUCAUAUAACCGUAAAGCAGUUUAAAACUGUGUUCAGAUAUAAUUUUCAUUAUAAACACAUUGAUGAUUUUUAUAUGGUUGCCAUUUAAAUAUUCGUUUGAUUUCGAUUCUAUUCUAUAAAUAUUAAAUUAUGACUAUUACUACAUAAUUGAAUAUUUGUUAGUGGUGAUCCUGAUAUUUGAAAUGAUUAUCUCCCUUAAUUAGGCUUACAUAUUUAAGGGGAAAGUAAUUAAUUAGCGCUAUCAUAUAAUAUAUAAUUAUUUGAAAUAGGACAUGAUUAAGGACCUCAUCUGUUUGGUUUCCGUGAUAGUUCUUUUAUUCUAAACUUUGGAGGUGGCAGAAUUGAAUCUGGUAUUGUUGUGUAUAUUUGGGAUUCUUUAAGGAGCCAAAUUGUUGAAGGUGGUGAACAAUACUCAGGAAUACUUUAAUUUUUAGCAGAACAAUAUAAUCCCAUUGAUUAUCAACUUGAUUGCAGUAAUUUAUGUGAUCCAUUUGGUAGCAUGUAUAUGGUACACUUUAAUAAAGGAUAUAAAUAAUUUAAAAUCGUUGGAGAAUGUAUUUCAAUAAUACGUUUAAUGUUUCCAUUGGGCAUCAGUCUAUUUGACUAGUUCUGGACUUUCGAAUUUGGAGUCAAACAAUAACGAACAAUUGAUAUUUUCAUCUAUGAUAUCAAUAAUUUCAAUAUUGAUAAAUGGAUUUGUCACAAUAAAGAUUGGAUUUUUUUUGUAUAAUCAUUCUUAGAGAAUUAAACACAAUUAAUACAUUAACAUGAUGACAAAUUUUAUGAAUUUGAACAGCAUAAAUUUGAAUCUACAACAUAGAAUCCGUAGUUAUUUGCAAUACAUAUAUAAAUAAGAACAGUAAAUGAAUGAUGAAGACAUCACUUAGAUAAUGGGUAAAUUAUCACUGUAAUUAAGAAGUGAAUUGAAGCAUCAAUUGUAGGCUAAUAUUUUAGAGUAAUGCAAAAUGAUAUCCUCAAAUUUCUCUAUUAAAUUGAGAAAAUAGUUGGUUUAUUAUAUGGAGGAAGUGAAAACAAUACCUGAGUAAAGAAUCUUGACUUUGGAUGAGUAGGAUGACAGUUCAAUCUACUUUAUAAACAAGGGUGAAGUGAAUAUGAUAUUUGAAUAAACAAACAACAUGAAUGAGAAGCACUCUCGUAAUCAUAUAAAGACUUUACAAAAAGGAGAGUACUUUGGAUUUUUAGGGUUUAUAACUGGAAGCACUAGGACAGCCACAAUAAUUAGCAAAGGGUUCUGUUAAUUGUACAAGAUACAAAGAAGACAUUUUGUAAAUUUGCUCGAACAAUUUCCAGACGAUAAAGAGAAAUUCUACAUGAUAAAGGACAAGGUCUAAUUUCAGCAAGACUUAUCAAUGCUGGAUGUGAGAUGUUAUAGUUGCAAAUCUACUAGUCAUUUGGUGAAUUAAUGUCCAUUCUUACAUUAUUAGCCAGAUAAAGAUAGAGUUAUCAAAUAACAAUUGUAUCCAAUCCAAUAAGAAAGAGAGGAGAUAUAACGUAAAUCCAAGUAUAUCAAUGCCAUGUUGUAACAAGCAGUAAUUCAAGAUUUGGCUAAAGAAUUGAUGAAGGAUUUGGAACAUGUGGAAGGAGGUGAGAACUUAUCAGAAGACGAGUCCCAGGAUGUUGAAACAAGAACUAUAAAAAGCACUUCGAAUAUCCAAACCAAAAGUUUAAGCAAAUCUAUUAGUUAAUAUAGCAAUCAAUUGAGUAGGUUUAGUCAUAGACCAUCUUAAACUUUGACAGUGGGAUUAAGUUAAAAUUAUCAGUCAUCCAAAUCUCAGGAGGAAAUAGGCAAGUUUGAAUAGGAGGUGUUGAAGAAGAUGUCCCUGUAAAGGAAAUCUCAAUAGAAAGAGACAGCAGGAUUCGGAGCCAAAUUCGAAUCUUAGAUGCAUAAUCCAAUUCAAGAAAAUGAUGAAGAUAUACCAGUCAUUGAUAUCAUAGAUGAAGAAUUUUAGUUGCAAUAGUAGGAGAAUUAAAAGGCUGCUUAAUAGUUUUAUUAUUCAGAUAAGAGUCCAAGAAUUUACAGGAGAGUUUCAUAAAGAGUGACAUUUGAUCAGAACUAGCUUGGGAUGAGGAAGAGAAGGUCAAGCUUAAUUUAUGAGAAUUAUAUUUAACAAUUGUAUGAGGAAGAACACUAUUAAAUCAAAUUCCCCAUCAUAACACAGCCUUCGGUAGGAGACUUCGAUAAAAUCUGUGAGUUCAGAGAGUAUUAUCCAGAGUAUAACAUCUCCAGAGUGAUGAAGUUCCUCUAGAGAGUGGCCUCUACAUAUCAUAGAAAAAACAUCAAUUCCUUAUACUCUUUCUUGUUUAUUGCCAUUCAGAAAGCAUAAGCCAUGAAAGACAAAUUAAAUCAUUUUCAGAGCAGAGGAACCAUCAAGCCAAACUCGAAUAAAAGGAUAUACAAGAAAGGCAAAGUUAAAACAGUUAUAUUUUGA